AUGACAAAACGAGGAAGGAAUAAACAAAAUAUCAUCUGGCGAUUGGAUUUACGCCAGAAAUAUGCACAACGGGAUGAUCAACCAGGAUCCACUUCGGUGAGAUCAUUAGGAAACCAUCCCUUUUCAAACCCCGGUUACGCCAUGAGCCGCGAAGGAAAAGUGCGAAAUGUCAAAUACCCCAGCAGGACUGAGGCUGUGAUUGGAAGCUCGAAUCGAGUCAAGGCAGAAAGGACACCGGUUUUCGAAGAAGAGUCAUAUGUUUAUUGA